AAAAAGGAAAGAUAAUAAAAAAAAAAAACCCAUACUGAAAAAAAAGCUCACAAGCUUCUCGUCCACUCAAAAAAGAAAAAAGAAAAACAGAAUGGCUCUCACCAUUAACAAACCCAUUGGUGGUGCCACUCUAUUCAACAAAUACACCACUAUCACCACCACCACCACCUUGUCAAACACUCAAUUAUCAAUCCAAUUCUUCCGGUCUCCACUUUCUCUCUCCUCAAGAACAACAACAACAACAACAACAACCUUCAUCGCAUCCGCCACUGGAAAAUUCAGCUCUCGAACUGGUAAAUUCGACAGCAAAAACAGAAGAAAUUCUUCGACGACAACUAAGGAUGAAGAUAAGAAGAAUGUUAUGAUUGGAGAUUUUGAGAAUAAUGGUGAUGAUGUGAUUGAAGGUGUUGAUGAUGGCUAUUUCUUGCCUGACUUGCCUGGUCUUCAAACUGACUUUUGGGAGGGACCUCAGUGGGAUACUUUUGGCUUUGUUGUUCAGUAUUUGUGGGCUUUUGGUAUUGUUUUUGCGCUGAUUGCAUGUGGCAUUGCUGUGGCCACCUUCAACGAAGGGGCUACAGAUUUUAGAGAAACUCCUGCAUUCAAGGAAUCUAUCCAGUCACAGGACCUCUUGGAAGGACCCGAGGCUUCUGACACGGAUGUAUUCGAGUCUAAUCCUACUGAGGAGGCUCCAGCUUUGGAAUAGCAACAAGGUAUUGGAACAAAGCACUAUCUACAACUUGGUUAUGAUGGAACAGCAAUUAUCUUAGCCUUAAAUUUGUCCUGUAUUGCUUUUUAUUUUCCUCUGUAUACAUAGAGUAAGGCUACCCGUGUAAGAAAUGUGUAAACACUAGGAGUGACAAGAUAGAAUGAAGGUCUUUUUAAUAGCUAUAAAUUAUACUUGAAGACUUAA